AUGACGGAUUUUGGAGGCAUCCAUGCCUUCUUCUCAGGAGCGAGACGCAAGACAUUGCGGUACCGCUCUUCCUGCGACGUGUCGACAGAAGUACUGGCACCUCGUUGCGAAGUGGUGUCCAUUGGAGAACCGACACCACUAUUAGCGCCCGAGUCUCGCGACCUCGAGCGCCUUCGCUUCGGCGAUGGUUCAUCUGAUUCAUCAGAUGAACCAAAGAUGCUACGACGCAAAGCAUCAUCCAUGCCACGCUUGGCAGGCGGCUUGGAUUUGAUCGCCGUCGAUACGGAUCCGUCAUCCGUAUCACGAGAGUAUGAGACACCGAGCUCAUACUCUGUGAAGACAUGA